CUCUCACACGCACACUCAUACACACACCUACACACGCACACCCAGUCGGUGGUGGGGGUGGGGGAGGAGUUGGUAGAGCAAGAAGUAGCCAUAAUCCCGGCUGGAGCUCAGUUGAGUUGCGAGCUGCGUCCAGUUCACUCUUCCCCUCCAUUCACCAAAGUUGUUUUUCCAAGUUGGUCCCUGUAUAGUUCCCUGCAGCCAUGUCCUCCACUGUGACAAAGAGCAAAUAUGUGUACCGGUCCUCUGGUGGUCAAGGAUCCGAUAUUUCCAUCGAAUAUGGCACAGAUGUGGGAGCCUUCACCCGACUCGAGGACAAGAUCAGGCUCCUCCAGGAAGAUCUCGAGUCUGAACGAGAAAUCCGGCAGAGGAUCGAACGAGAGAAGGCAGACUUAAGCGUCCAAGUCAUCCAGAUGUCGGAGAGACUGGAAGAGGCCGAAGGAGGCGCUGAGAGCCAGUUUGAGCAAAACAAGAAGCGGGAUAUGGAACUGGCAAAACUACGGAAGCUUCUCGAAGAUGUGCACAUGGAAUCAGAGGAAACCGCACAUACGUUGCGGAAGAAGCACCAGGAGGCCGUACAGGACUUGCAAGACCAACUUGAUGCUGCCAUCAAGUCCAAAGCCAAGGUGGAGAAGGAAAAGAACAAGUUCCAGCAGGAGAUCUACGAGCUCCUGAGCCAACUCGAUGGGGCCAACAAGGACAGGCUUGUAGCCAUGAAGAACUGUGAGAAGUUGGAGAUCACAGUUCAUGAGCUGAGCAUUAAGGUGGAGGAACUAAACCGCUCCAUCAUUGACAUAACAUCUAUCAAAAUCCGCCUCUCUCAGGAGAACCUGGAACUCAUCAAGGAGGUUCAAGAUCUGAAGGUGUCCAUAGAAAAUGUCCAAUACCUCAAAUCACAACUCGCCACUCAACUGGAAGACACCAGACGAAGACUCGAAGAUGAAGAACGACGACGUUCGACCAUGGAGAACCAAUUGCAUACCGUAGAAGUAGAGCUGGAAAGUGUGAGGGUGCAGUUGGAAGAAGAAGCCGAAGCUCGAUUGGAUCUUGAGAGACAAUUGUCGAAAGCGAAUAGCGAUGCCAUGGCAUGGAAGUCGAAAUACGAUGCUGAAGCUGCUGCACGCCAAGAAGAAGUUGACGAACUCAGGCGCAAAUAUCAGGCCCGAAUCGCAGAAUUGGAGGAGCAGAUCGAGGCAUUGAUGGCAAGAUGUGCAGGGCUGGAGAAGCAGAAAUCACGCCUUCAAUCAGAGGUCGAGGUGCUCAUCAUUGACCUGGAGAAAGCAAAUGGAACCGCUCGGGAACUCCAGAAGAGAGUGGAUCAGGUGGAACGCCUCAACGCAGACUUGCGAUCGAAACUGGACGAACUGGGCGCCCUUUACGAACAGGCCCAGAGGGAACUCCGAAACAAAUCCGCUGAAAUCACCCGAUUGACUCAUGAACUGGACAAGACCAGGGAGCACAAGGAACAGCUUAUCCGUGAAAACAAGAAACUUUCAGACGACCUACACGAAACGAAGGCUCAGCUGUCCGAACUGAAUAGAAGGUAUCACGAAUUGGAGCUCGAAUGCAAGCGUCUCGAGAACGAGAGAGAGGAACUGAGCGCUGCAUAUAAGGAAGCUGAAGCUGCUCGCAAGAUGGAAGAAAUGCGUGCGCAAAGGCUGGCAGCUGAGAUUGCUCAACUCCGUCACGACUACGAGAAGAGACUGCAAGAGAAAGAAGAAGAACUGGAUUCCAUCAAGAAGCAGAUGAGCAUCGAGAUCGAGCAGCUGAAUGCCCGUCUGGCAGAGGCUGAGGUCCGUCUUAAGACGGAAGUGACCCGAAUCAAGAAGAAGAUGCAGGUCCAGAUUACGGAAUUGGAAAUGUCGUUGGAUGUCGCCAACAAGAACAACAUCGAACUCCAGAAGACCAUCAAGAGGCUCUCCCUUCAACUCACGGAGAUGCAAAACCACUACGACGAACUGCAGAGACAGCUGCAGGUGACUUUGGACCAAUAUGGUAUCGCUCAGCGACGGGUACAAACUCUCACUGCCGAACUGGAGGAGAUGCGUGGCAACUUAGAUGCCGCGAUGCGGGCCAGGAGGAACGCAGAGCAGAUGUACGAAGAGGCUAACAGCCGUGUCAACGAACUGACCACGAUUAAUGUGAACAUCUCGGCUGCCAAGAGCAAGCUGGAACAGGAGUACCAGGCUCUCCAGGGAGACUACGAUGAAAUCGGCAAGGAGCUCAGGAUGGCAGACGAUCGGGCACAGAAGGCUCAGGCAGAACUGAAACACACUGUAGACAUUUUGCACGAGGAGCAGGAACGAGUCGUAAAGAUCGACUCGAUCAAGAAGAGUCUGGAAGUGGAGGUGAAGAACCUGAGCAUCCGAUUGGAGGAAGUCGAGGCCAAUGCUCUCAUUGGAGGCAAGAGGAUCAUCAGCAAGCUCGAGGCCCGGAUGCGUGAUCUGGAACUGGAAUUGGACGAAGAGAAACGUAGACAUGCAGAGACGGUGAAGAUCCUCCGUAAGAAGGAGAGGCAAGUGAAAGAGAUAGUAAUACAGGCGGAAGAAGAUCACAAAGUUGCUCAAAUGCUCGGUGAAAGUCUCGACAAGAUGAACGAGAAGGUCAAGAUGUAUAAGAGACAGCUCCAAGAGCAGGAGGGGAUGUCUCAGCAGAGCGUCACUCGAGUGCGUCGGUUCCAGAGGGAACUGGAAGCAGCAGAGGAAAGGGCGGAUACGGCUGAGUCUAACCUCAGCUUGAUCAGGGCCAAGCAUCGAAGCUUCGUCACUGCCAUCCCAGGAGGCACACAACAAACUUACGUCGUUGAAGAGCACCACACCACCAGGGAAACCUAUUAAAUUUGUCACCAACAUACACUUUGCAUGAUACACUGCACUUGCAAGAAAGGGCAUAUUCAUGCUCCUUCCUCACUCUUGUCUCCUCCUUUUAUUUGCCUGUCUCUUUCGACUACGUCUGCUCUCUUUGUCUUCUUUUUCUGAAUCGUCUCCAGUUUGUAGUCGUGAACAUGAGGAGAAUGCGCGAGUGCGUACGUUUUGUCUGAUUUCUACCUUUUUUCAGGUGAGAGAGAACUUAAGGACUGAAGCACAGAGGUUUUGUUGUGUACUGUGUGAAUGUGUCGAAUUUUUCUUCUGCUCCUUCCUACCUUUCUCCAUAAAGUGUUGAAUCUUGAAUUCCCUCUCACCUGAAGCCAAGUCAGAUCUCUCCCUGAAAUCAUGGCUGGGGAUUUCAGGGAGAAAAUCGAAACGGCUGAGCGGCUUCCUCUCCUUUUUCACUCACUCGUUCUCAUUCUCUUUUUUCUUAUCUGUUUUCAUCAGAAACUAACUAGUAAUGUAAUCUUAUCUCUCCUUUUUUGCUGGGUUGAUGGUGCUGCUCCUGCUCUGUGUGCAUUGUAGAUGGAAGAAUGAUGAUGAAAAGAAUGAUGUUGCGAGAAAUGGAUGAGGUUGCAGACUUUCCCACAACAACUCCGCGGGCAGCCUUUGCUCUCUACUUUCCGUCUCCUUUUUCCCUCUCUUCAAUUGACGUCAUUGCUCUUCGUUGCUUGCUGCAUGGUCCUUCUUAUCAUACUAUGAUAUAUAGGGGAAGAGAUAUGUGAAACAAUAAUAAAAGAAAAUCAUCUUCCAAAGUUA